AUGGCUUCUAAAGCAUUCUACAGACCUGUAGUCAAGAGAAGUUCAUCGGAGCUGAUUGACGUCUUAGAUGGUUCGGAAACCAGCGCUGCAGGUAAGUGUUGUGAUUUCGCUUUCGAGAGCUGGAUAUCAACGACCUCGAUGGAGGUGGAGCAGGAUCAGACAAAAUGAUGGUUCAAUCACGGCUUGUCCUUCAUUUGUUUAGAGUUCACAAGUAGAAUUGAGAAAACGUUUAUACUAUAUCAAUAUAUUUGAUCAGUUUCAACCAUUUAAAAACAAAUUAAGUGCAUUCCUGUCCGAUCGAUAGCAAAAAGAUUUGAAUUAUUUUAAAUAAAUUGUUUUCCAAAGGCCAUUUGAUCGCGGUUGCAGUUUCUGUUUUCUUUCGCCGGUGAUGUCUUCUAAGGUCUUGCCUUUACGUUUGAAGCGGGUUACUUAGCUUUACCUGUGAUCUUAUCGAACAUUUGAAGCCAUUUAAAAACACCUGGAGCAACAUAAACACAAAAUCGUCGGGUGAUCUUCUCAAAACCGGAAGAAUGCGAACAGCUGAAAAUAGCCCACAAUGCGCAAGCGCGUCUCUGUCAAGCUCUGAAUUUUAGGUGGAUUCUGGAGGAGAACAAAUGUGUAUUUGUUUUUUUGAGGAAAUGCUUCUCUCAGUUGAAAAUCUUUAUGCUGGUCAGGGGCGUUAGUGAUCUGGUGGUCGAAGUAUGGCAGAAGGUUUCAAAUUGACGGCGUCAGGUUCGAAAAACGAUGGAAAUAAUGGUUGGUAUACAAUUCGUUGAAAUUGAAAAUGGGGAAAUUUAAGUUAAAACAUGAAACACCCUUGUCAAACUCGAAUAUAAAUCGUGUUAAUUGAUAUUCUUUCUAGGAAUUGAAUUGCCUAUACGCGUUUUUAGGUCUUGAAAAUGCUUUACCUUUGAUAUAUCUCAGUAUCAUUCGAUAGGUUUCUCGUUUGAAGAAAAUCUAUUAUUGUUGGAUUUAUAUAAAAUCAUUUGCAUUGAUUUCAAAUCUGCCAAAGGCCUCCAAACCCCUUGGUUGAUAAGAAAAUUUAGUAUUUUUUCCGUGAGUGCUCGACCCAGCUAUGUUUCGUUUUGAAGCAGAAGUGACAAAUUGAUUUUGGAUGAAAAUAAACUGAUAUAACUUCUUUUGAGUCGAGUUCACGACAGGUGUAACGCACCGAGGCCAAAGAAAAUUCAUCAGCUGUAAGCAUGUUUAAAAACAGUAGGCCUCCGUUUAUAACGCGGUCUCCAAUCGUUUUAUCUCCUGGUACAUAUAUAAUUUCACAUUUUGAACGUUUACAGUCUUAUAACACUGAUGCUGGUUCUGCUUCAUUUGUUAUCCUAAACAUUUAGAAGCUUAGACAUCUUAAUGCACAUAUAUAUUUUUUUAAACUCUUCCUUAACACUUUCUCUUUCAAAAUAGGGCUUUAGUUUUUUUCCCCUUCAGGUGAAAUAUUAUUUCUGAUAAAAUAAACCUCUAAAUUGCGUUUGGUAAAAAAAAAAACAACAUUAAGCUUGUUUUUAGAGUUAUCCUGAUUUAAGUGGUGUUGGGGCACCCACCGAAAACCAAUGUCACAGUUGUAAGAAAGUCUUUCUGUGUCAUUUGAUCUUAGCCUACCAAGGCUAAGUAAAGCUUUGGUUGGAAACUGAAAGAGGCUCAAGUUAUUAGGAGUUCGAAUUAUUUGGAGUAGGCAGCAAAAAUUGGCAGAUAAAUAAAGUUUUGUUACUUUCUGGAGAUAAUUGAAUUUGUUUGCAGUAUAGAAAAUGAUUGAGUGAAAAUGAAACAUUUUGAGGAAGGAUUUAACAGGCAACAAAGCUUUAUAAAGAUACAUUGCUUUCUAAUUGAAUGAUACUAAACCAGUGGAACCUGACUUGACAUGCUUUGAAAAAUGCCAAAUAGAUACAUGACUGCUUAGAAAUAAUUCUCAAUUUCUUGUCUUGACCUGUUACACAGUUAUAGUCAUAAUCUAAAUAAAACUGUUCAGAGUAGGAACAAAGCAACUUAUUAGGUAUGGGUAGAUUCAAGUUGUUGAGUAUUGUUUUACCAAGGGUGAAAUUUAGAUGGAGAUUGGAGAGGAAGUUGUUUGAGUUUAGGCCUCCUUUGUAAAAAAUGAUGUUGGUUUUGGAGUGCCAGUACUAAAAUCAUGCAAGAUACCAUUGGCCUGAGGGUCACUUCUUGCCAUGGGUAACACUUUUUUGCUACCGUGUACAAGUUUAUUAUUUCACCACUUUUAUUUAAUAUUUUAGGUUAAAUUAAUAUUCAAGAUGCAAUUUUCUUGAAAUGAAAUUCAGACAGUGACAGGUAUUGAAUUGCUAGAUUACUUACAAAGUCAUCUAUCAGCCCAAUUUGUGAUCUGGCUCAAUUAAAGUUCUUCUUUUGAUUUUUUCUGUUCAAAACUGUUGGUUUUGAUCAUAACAGAAUUAUUUCAUGUUUUAAAUCAUAAUAAAUUAUUUGUUUAUAAAACCUCAUGGUAGAUGUGCUGUUUGGUCAGGAAAUGCAGACACAGUAAAAUCAAUCAACAUGUGGUCAAGACAUUAACUUUACAUAGCUUACUGCAACAAUUUCAGUAAAUUAAAUACCAAGGCUUUUUUUCCUGUGUUGCAUUUUAUGUCAACAUAGUCUGUGGUAUUGAGCCUAGUAUUGUGUUCAGCUUUCCUUAGCUUUCUGUUUCAUUAGCUUCCACUAAAACAACAUUUGUUUCAUAUUAAAAUUCAGGGGGUCAGUUUGACAUCAGUUGUCAUGGAUAUUUUAUAGCAUUAAAAGAAAUUUAAUUUCUUGUAAAUUUUUAAAACUGUGAAGACUCUCCACCCAAAUUAUUUACAAUAUUGGUUUGUUGUUUUUGAAAAAGUGUGGUCCUAUACACAUGACUCUUCUUCCAUCAAUAAUUUUAUUCCACAAGGUCUUAAAGAAAUGUUGAUCAAAGGGAUAAAAAAGAGCUUAUUGCUCUGAAAUAUGGAGAAACUGAAAAAUUAUAAUAUUUAAACUUAGCAUUGACGUGUGAUUUAAUUUAAAAGUUAAUUUUUUGCAUAACCAUUUGAUUUUGAUUUCAGACUUUCUUUGCUGCAUUGUUAAUGAUUUUAUAUUUGUGAUUACAAAAAUCAUGGAGUAGGGAAGAAGCUUUUUUCUUAUUUAAAUAACUUCUUUUUUAUUUAUUCAUCUAAGAAUUUUAUGCAUUCAAAUUUUGAAUCAAUUAAGUUUUCUGUCUAUACUUAUGUCCAUGUACCUUAAUUUAAAUGAUUAAAUGCUGACAUUCAUGGCCAUUUCCGCCUAAGUGUCGUUAGCGUGAGAAAAUGAUAAUUCCAAACAGAUUUAUGACUUAACAUUUUCUUGUUUUCUCUCUGAGCCCUGAUCAUUAAGUGUUAAGUCAAAAGUAAACUUGUGUAAGCAAAGUUUGUUUUUGUGUGGGUAGUUUUCCUUCGUCUGAAAAUUUAUAUAUUUUAACUUGCUGCCUCUGGUAAGAUGUUUUAAACUUUUGUGUGGUAAAAGAAAAUUUAUCAAAACUGCUGGCCUUAAAUAGUCACUGAAAAAUAAUCGAAUUUUAUAACAUUUAUAGGUAAUAGUGAAGUUUUGGUUAAAAUUUUUUUAUAUUUACUAUGUAAAUAAAUGAAAACGUAUUUCCUCCAUGUAGCUUUUAUUUUUUCCCCGCAAAGUGAAAAAAGAUCAACCAGAGUGAAAUUCUUUUGAUUUCAUUUUUUUUAAGGUAAACUGUUAUGAGCAGUGUUUAUGAAAGAGUUGUUGCCUCUCUUUCAAUUUUGAUUUUCCAAACAAAACGCAGCUUUUAUUACAACAUUGUUACUCCUGAAAACUGUGACAACAGUACACAAAUGUAUAUAACACAAAUUCUGUUCUCUGUUAAUUUAACAGGUAAUGUAUUCUAUUGGUAUUUAGAUUAUUUAGGGUUUCAGUAAGAGAUGCAGUAAGAGAUUCAGUCAGAUCUGAAGUAGAUAUAUGCCCAGUGUAAUUGCUUCCUAGUUCCUCUGAAAUUAGUAACAUUAGUUAAGAGUAAAAAACAAACUUUCAUUAGCUGCCUACUUAGUAGGUUUUGCCUUUUUACUUCAAAACUUACUGAAACCCCUCUAAUGCCCAAAAAAUAACGAGUCCCAUUUUGUGCUUGAUUUCAAAACAAUGAAUUGUGUGGUCACACAGAAUUGUUGGUCAGCAGCACUUAUUAGUAUUUAAUUAGAGUCGUGAUUAUUCGGAUUGUUUCUCAUUAAAUUAUUCACAUUUUUGUCUAUUUUUACAGAUAAUUAUGGAUCUCUUAAAAAUGAUGUUACUGAUGGUUCAGAAGCAGAGAGAGUUAUCAUCAUUAAUAAACCACAAACUCAGCAGUUUUGCAACAACAAAAUUAGGUUUGUUUCUUAAAUAUAUACAAUAAUUAUAAUAAAUACAUGAAAUGUAUGGUUUUGUUUAUUAUCAAGCUGAGGUUCAUUGUGUGAGACAGUUGUGAAUUAAACUGAAAUUACAAAUGAAUUUAAAAGUUGAAUUGUAUUAGAAUUAUAUUGUAUUAUUGAUUAAUAAUUGAAUUGUUAAUUUUUUUUAGUUAUCUAUUGAUUUCAUCAAUAUUUUAUUGGUUUGCUACUAAAAACAAAGAUCUUGCAUGUUUCAUGCCUAAUAAUGUGCUUGAAAAAAUUACAUGCUUGUGAUUGGCUGAAAACAAGUUUAUUCUCAUGUUACACAAGUGCAAAGUCGUAAUAGAAGUGCAAAGUUACAAAUUAGUACGCACACACUUUCAAAAGUUUGUCUGUCUUGACUUUCUGUGAUGUUUUUUCAUGUACAUUAUUAACAAAAUAAUAUAAUUUCAAGUGCAGUUUGGUGUAAUAAAUACUUGUAAAUUUUUCAAAGACUUCAAAUUGCGCUUGCCCUAUGGGCUUGUGCAAUUUUUUUGUCUUUGAAAAAUUUACUCAUGUACAAAUAUACUUGUAUUCGUGCUGUUAAGAAAUCCUGAAAGUAGUAACUACUCAAAAUCCAACCUUUCUUAAAGCCACCGUUUGGCAACCUUAAAUCAUAAAUGCCUGCCAGAAGGGAAAAAAAAAGUUUAUUUGCCAAUGAAGAAAAGAAAGGAAAAGGAGAGCUUGUGCAAAAGUACAUGACAUGUUAUAGAAAGAAAUUUAGAAAGCAAUUUACAUAUAUCAAUGUCAGCGAAGGAGAAUGAAAGAAAAUAUUAUGAAAGACAAUGAUGGAACACAGAUUAUACUUACUGGUAUAUCCAGUAGGAACGUUUGACCCUGACCUUGAGGGCUUAUUUAUGAAAACAUUAAGAAUUUUCUUCAGGUCUUCCAUGUUCAUGACAAAACAAACAAUCUCUUUAUUCAAUGACCAUGGACAAUAUUUUGUUGUAUUUUAUUAUCACCAGCAAUAUAUAUUUUCAUUUUACAGCACUGCCAAGUACAACUUCUUGACAUUUCUUCCCAAGUUUCUCCUUGAACAGUUUAGUCGAUAUUCCAAUGUUUUCUUCUUGUUUAUUGCACUUUUGCAGGUGAGUGAAAGUACAAACUUUUACUAUAGGGCAGUAGAUUUUGUACAUUCUAUACUCAAUUACAACUUAGGGGCCAAAUAAACAUGGGGUGGGUGUCCGAAAAAAGUUUUAAUGAAUGUCAGCUCAAUUAUCACAACUCAUGCGUUUCCUUCAAAACCCGGUGAAAGAUCUUAAUUACCUUUACUCUGUAACUUACACAGUCUGGUCCUCUUUAUUCCUGGAAAAAUGUAACAUUCAUUUGAUAAAUAGAUUGAGUAAUUACCAAUAGUUAUUUCUAGGAGUAAAUAUGAUGAUCUUCACUUUGAAUUCAUGGUGUUUAUCUUUUCAUUAAGUAUUCUCCAUCCUUGGGCCAAGUGAUUGGAUCGAAAUAGAAAUAUAAGACCAUGGGAAAUUAUUUUCUUCUCCAAAGAAAAUAGAUUGAUUUUGAUAUUAAAUGGUUUCAGCAAAUAGAUGAUGUGUCUCCAACUGGGCGUUAUACCACAGCUGUUCCUCUUCUCUUCGUUCUUUCUUGCUCUGCUGUAAAAGAGAUCAUAGAAGACUAUGUAAGUUGCUUUUUUUAAUAUAUAUAAAAUUGGAUGAAGGGUAGUUUUUUUUUUAACGUGAUCAAUAAUUAUUUUUCUCACAGAAAAGGCAUCAAGCAGAUGACCAGGUUAACAAUCGUAGGGUUAAAGGUAACUAUUAAUUCACAAAGAAAUUUGACAGCUUCAUCAACAUGUACCAUACUUAAUAUUGACAAAAGUAGUCCUAAUUUUUUUACAAGUAUAUUGUAUUAGGAAUAGAUCCUCAUACCUACAAGUAUUACAUGUUCCAAUUCUUAAAGUAUGCAAGACACUCGACUGCCAAAUUAAAAUGUGAAUUUGGAGCUUGAUUCAUCAUGGGUUAUUCCUGAUUUUUUCCCAUUUUUUUGAACACAAGUUAAUUUACAGCAUCUUCCUUCUUUGAUUGCCUUGCACAAAGUUAGCCAACUUUAUUGUGAUGCACUCAAUUUUUUGUCUUCUAGUUCUUAGAGAUAAUACCAUGCAGUCGUUACUUUGGACUGAGGUGAGAGUUAAACCAUAGACACUAUAAAUGACUACAGGUUAGUAUUAGAGUAUUCACUUGCUUUUUGUUAAAUGAGAAUCUUGUUAUUUUUUUCAGGUUCAAGUUGGGGAUAUAGUGAAAGUGGUCAAUGGACAAUUUUUUCCAGCAGACCUUAUACUAGUUUCAUCAAGGUGAAGUUUUUUUUGUUUGGUUAACUGAAGGGAACUACCAGCUUUUAUUUGUUAAUCAUUUGAUGUAAACAUUUGUAGGUCAGUCAAUCAGCUUGUCUGUAUGUCAGUCAAUCUGUCGGCAGUCGUUCAGUCAGCCAGCCAGUAAGUCAGUCAGUCAAUUUGUCCGUCCGUCCGUCUGUUGGUCCAUCAGUCAGUUGCAAUCAGUGAGUCAGCUAGCCCUUUGAUGCUUGAGGCUUUCAUUCUUUUAUGGAAAUAGAGUGAUACAUCAUCACAGGUGUUGUUUGGUACAUUGUUUUGAUUUCUUUCCUUUGCAGUGAGCCAAUGGGAAUGUGUUACAUAGAAACAUCAAAUCUUGAUGGAGAGACUAACUUAAAAAUCAGACAGGUUAGCAAAUGAUCCCAUUACCAAUUAUUAUUAAUCAGGUAAUAUGAUUUGUAAUCAGAUAAAAUGAUAUAUUAUUUGAUAGAUUAAUAAUUUAUGAAUUCUAAUAGGGAAUUUGUGCUUCAAGUUUUGUUAGUAGCAGAUCUGCUCAUUACAGAUAUUUUAAUAUUAAAACAUCACCUGUACAUUAAACAUUUUCUUACUGAUAGCAAACUUUGUUACAUUUUUUGUACAGGCCUUACCCCUCACUGCAAAAAUGACAUCACUUCUAGAGAUUCGUUGUAUGCAAGUAUGUGGAUUUGUGGUGCAAAAUGUUGGUUUGUCUGAUUUUACUUUUGAGAAAUGAAUGAAUGUGUUUAACAGUGACAAAUUUGUCCUUAGGGACGUGUGGAGUGUGAAGGACCAAAUAAUCGACUUUACGACUUUGUUGGAAAUAUCACUCUUCAAACUCAAAAGUAAAUAUACUGAUUAGAAACUUUGUUCUAUUUAUAACUAACUAUAUUAGUUGAUGUUGUAUAUAACCUAUCAUGAAUGUGCAUCAAGAUAGGCUGCCCCUUUUGUAAUUUGUCUUUUAAGGCACAAAUUUACUCAAAGGAAGUAUUUUUCUUAGUGAGACUUAAUUUCAUGAUUUGGGGUGAUGAUAAUCUCAAAAUAGAAUUGGUAAUUAAUAAAUGUCACCUUUUUUUUUUUUUUAGAUCACUACCAGUUGGUCCAGAGCAAAUCUUGCUGAGAGGAGCAAAUUUAAGGAACACACAGUGGGUAUUUGGUGAGUUCUGAACAAUUGAGUUACACCUAAUUGCAGUGAAAUUAUCAAAGAAAAAAGCACAAAGCUGAAAAUGAAAAAGGCAAGCAAGAUUUAAGUUACAUUAUCAGUGACCUUUUUGUGAUCUUAGUACAUAUUCCCAGUACAAAGCUAACAGAAAAAUUACCAGUAAUAUUUUAUUUGAGUAUAUUUAUUUUUAUGUAUUGUAUUCUGUUUAUUAAAUGUUAUUAUUGUUAUUAUAAAUAUUAACCCAUCAUUUUUAAUCUUUUCAGGUCUUGUUGUCUAUACUGGACAUGACUCCAAACUUAUGCAGGUGAUGUCAUUAAUAUGUCAUUAUUGAUUGAGUGAGGGUACUGGACUGGAAAAUAUUUGGCUCAUGGUCAUGAUAUAUGGGGUCCAUACUUCUUGACAGAGAGCCAAAUGUAUUCCUGUCUAGCCCAACCUAACUCAGUCAGCAAGCAUGUUAUCUUUUGACUGCUGGUCUAUCUCUCUCCUCCUUUCUUCUUGUGUCUCACAAGGCUGGCACUGUGUCCGCCAUCUUUUGCAGCCUUUGAACAGGGAUUUUUCUGUGUUGUGUCUUGACAAAAGCACACAUGUAACUGUAUUGAACAUCUGACAAUUUAUGAUAAUAUUUUGGUAGCUUUAUUGCUAAACAAAAAUGGAAGAAAUUAAAUUAUUGUUAAAGUAAAAUAUUAAGCAGUUCUUGUUACACACAAUUUGGUGAUAUCUCUGAUGUAGACCAUGAGUUGAUGAUUCUGUGAUACAGUUUUUAAGAAUCUUGGUUGAAUUUUUUAAUAAAGGUGCAUUCUUGAUGCAUGGCAAUUUUUCUCUUGUUUUUCAGAACUCCACAGCUGCUCCCAUCAAGAGGUCAAAUGUAGAUCACACUACCAACAUUCAAAUCUUAUUCUUGUUUGGGCUGCUUCUUGUCUUGGCUCUUUGCAGUACUAUUGGGUUUAAGAUUUGGACAGGUUGGUGCAUUUGUGAUAUUACUGUUGUCACUGUUCUUCAUUAGUUUGUAGUCAAAUUUACACAGGCUUUCCUUUGAACUUCUGGGAGAGGCUAUGGCCAAACAGAUAGCACAAUGGACUCUAGAUAAGAAGACUGGGUUCAGACCUGGUGGGGUCAUUGUGUUGUGUUCUUUGUUAAGACACCUUACUCUCAAGGAGUUUCUUCAUCUUGGAGUUGUAAACUGUCAGGGAUGCCUGAUGGAAUGCUGACGGGUAAUCUGUGAUGGACUGGCAUCCCAUCAAGGUUAGGGGGGGUUGGGUAUAGCAGAACUCUCAUUCGCUUCAUGCUACAGAAACCUGGAUAAGCUCUAGCUGGAUGUAGAGAGUUUACAUUUUUUUACCCUCUGGUCUCCUUGUGGUUAAAAUUUCUUCACACACUGAUUGUGCACUUGUCUCACUUAGGUUGUACACUGUUCAGUAAAAUUCAAUAUUUGUGAACCUUUAUUUUUCAGAUAAUCAUCGGGACACUGAUUGGUACCUGGGAUAUUCUGGUAAAUAAAGCAUGAUAGUAUGUAAUCAGAAGGUCAUGUAGAUAGAGGGCUGAAAUAGUGACGCUGGCAAAAGAGUAGGUGAAUUGGGCUGGGGUGGGGGGGGGUGGAGGUUGUUAGAGAAACCUGAUGAAAAGCUGGGAGGUAAAAUACCAAAAAAUUCCACCAGGCCAACUAUUAACCCUUUUACCCCUAACAGUGACUAGCUUCUCAUUUUUCCCUAUGAUAUCACCUCUGAAUCAUACAUUAAGGUCAUGAGCACAAUGGAAAUGGUCACCAACUAAAGAAGCCUAUGAUUGUUUAACAAAUUCUCCUUGUUAGCACCUAAAGAAAUGUAUGGAGAACGGUAUGGAGAAUAUGCAUAAUGAUGUUCGGGUGUAAAGCAGGGCUCGAACUUAACUUUUUUGUCUACUAGCAAAGUUUUGCUAGUAAGAUUUUUUUUACUAGCAAAAGAAGGAACCUAACUAGCAACUUUUCAAUGCAGCCAUUUUCCCUUUGAGGGCUAAAUCAGUGUAAAGAUUUUAGCUACCUACCGGUACUCGCAAAUGUUUGCUAGAGGAUAUUUUUUAGACUCGCAACUUCUAAAAACCACUCGCAUUUCGCGAGUUUGCGAGUGCUAAUUUCGAGCCCUGUAAAGGGUUACGAGCAAAAUAAAGGCAACAAACAUUCGCAAAAUUCCUAACACCAUAUGACACUGUGUAUACAGUGGUAAUCCACUAACACGUGCCCACAUCUGGGUACACGUGGACACAAUGUAGGGGGUGUGAAAUAUCAUGAGUGGUUUCGGUCAAGAGACCGGGGUAAACUGUAGACGAUCUUUUUUUCUUUACUUUUUGAUCGCUAAAAAACAUUUUCCUCAGCAUGACAAAAACUUGUUUUUCUAGGUAAAAAAGCCCAGAAUCUUGGCAUGUCCUUCUUGACGUUCAUCAUUCUGUUCAAUAACCUGAUCCCUAUCAGCUUGACAGUUACGCUUGAGGUACAGUCCAAUGAUAAAAACAGCAUUUCUCAUUACUAGGUAAUACGGUUUUAUGGUGUUAUUGCUACCGACAACUUACCGACUAAUCACCGACUGAUUACCGACAGAUUACCGAUUGUCAGCACUCUGUUGGCCACUCGGUGGCCAACACCUAGGCUGAAAACUUUUGACGGCCGACAGGUUUUUUCGGGAAGUUUUCUUCCCAAUAACCCAUUACUGAAUGUUACUCGGCUACACGGUCACAAAUUUUUGUAACUUAAUAUUUUUUGGUUUAUACAGGUUGUGAAGUUCAUCCAAGCCAUCUUCAUAAACCUAGUAUGUACUUUCGCUUUUAAUUCAUUGUUUCUUGCUCUAAAAGAUACAAGGUUAUCAGCUGCAUUAUAUGCACUAUUUAAACGUCCACACAUCCAAACACAGCCCGAUGAUUGGUGAACAAGUGCGUAAAUCGAAGUGCCUCCAAACAAGAUACAUUUCAUGUAAACUGACACAACACGUCACCUUAGUUCCUUCUUCGGAGAUGUUCAAUUGAACUGUUCAUUUCUUUUGUCACAGGAUAUUGACAUGUACUAUGAUGAGACAGAUACACCAGCAAUGGCAAGAACUUCCAAUCUAAACGAAGAGUUAGGGCAGGUUGGUUCUUAUUGACACCUGAUAUGUAUUCCUAGGAACCAUACAUGUACUUGAAAUAUCGUCACAGGGUGAUAGGUUAUUUGAAGAGCUUAAAGGGGGUAAGUUUCUAAAGAAACCGUUGUGCUGCGUUGGUGGGAGAGUAUAACAGGGUAAUUUGUAUGAUCAACUGGAGUUGAUAACGUAAAUUGGCUACCGUAAAGAGUUUUAAAGCUGACGUUUCGAGCGUUAGCCCUUUUUCUUAGCUUGUCGAUUGGCAAUUAUAUAGUAAGCUGAAUUAUUUUAAUAUAUUGAAUUGUUGGAGGAGACACAUAGACGACGUUACCAUCAAAAACUUUUGCUUCUUUAUUAUAAAAAAUAAAAAGAAUCCAUGUUGCCGUGGGAAUUCACAGAAGAUUGUGGGAGAACACAUAGACGACGUUUAUCAGACCAAAAACUCUGACGUUUUCUUGAUCUGCGACUCUUAAUAUGAUAAUAUGGGUCCUUAACAAACGCUGAAAGAUGCUGAGCUUGUGCAGGAGGUACGAAAGAUGACAGUUCAGAACUCCGCUUCUUGAAAAUACUGCAUACUCUCCUGCUAUCAUUUCGUUAGACUUAAAAAACGCUCCAACGACUGGCAGUCCUGACAAAGGCUUACAGCAUGAAGGCCCUAUAUUGUCACCGAGGCACAAACCUGACUGAGUUAGUUUCAAGUCGUCGUUUGAGUUUGAGAUACUUUUUAUUCUCGUAUUACACAGGUGAAGUACAUUUUCUCAGACAAGACAGGCACGCUAACAAGAAACGUGAUGGAGUUUAAGAAAUGUUCCAUUGGAGGAAUCAGUUACAGGUAAAAAUGAUAGAUUAUCAGCAAUGCAUGCUGUUGAAUACCAACAAUGAAACCCGCGAAGGCAAGAAAUCUUUGCCCGAGAUCGACCUCUCAGGAAAGAUAUGACUUAAAAUGUUCCGCUGAACAGUAAGUGAUUUUUAGCCUUAACACCGAAGUUUAAACAAAAUGCGGCAAAUAAAUGUGUGAACGAUCGAUUCGGGUCAUUUUUGGGGGAGUAGCUGGAAGCCAUACAAUUAUGGGGAUUGGAAACUCCGAUCUCUGUUGCUAUGGAUGACAAGGUACAGACUUUAGGAAGUAAAAUCGGUGUGUUCUUUGUCAUAUACUUGAUGUUUUGUUUUCUUUGUUCAUGUCAGUGGUGGAAGAGAAACGUUCAUGGAUCCAGCUCUGUUAGAUAAUCUUAGAGAACACCAUGUAAGUAUAUUGAGCAGCUACAUAGUUAAUUAUCACAUAAUUGAUAUACAAUUUAACCCAGCUAACUCAAACUCCCAAGGAAAACAAAAAAACGGUACAAGUUAGCGGGGAUUCGAGUUAGCUGAUAGUAAAUGACUGAAGACAUGAGCUCAAGGGAAAUCGGAUCAUGUUCGAGUUACAGGGGGUUCGAGUUAACCAGAUGCGAGGUAGCGGAGUUCUUUAGUAGUUUCCAAUUUAUGAUUGAAAGUGAUCCGUGAUUUUUGCUUAACUUCGCGCUGUAAUUGAUGCAGAGCGCUCAACCAAUCAUCUACAAGACUACAACCAAUCAAUAGAUCCUCAACGAUUCAUAGAGUCUCCUUGUUUUAACCCUUUAACUCCCAAGAUCUGAUUGUUAAUUCUCCUCUCUAGCUGUUGCACUUUUCCUAGUAAAUUAGUGACGAGAAUUCGGUGUUAGAUCAAAAUGACAACUUUGACAUGAUAAGUCUGAGUAUUCUUGUUACCUGUGUGCUUAAUAAUGUAUAUAUAUUAUAAGGAUAAGUUUCAUGUUAAUCACUUCUGGGAGUUAAAGGGUUAACUUCGAAUUCCCACUGACACCUGUGAAAUUAGUUUUAGUUUUCUGAAUAUUGGACCUUUUGUUGAGUCUUUGGUUUUUGUGAUGGCAAUAUAACCAAAUAUCUGAAAAGCGGACUUUUGAUGGCAACAUUAAAGAUGAAGCUCUACUAACAAUUUUCAAGGUUGUAUUAAUUGUAUUUUUAUAGCCGACAGCUUCUGUGAUUCGAGAGUUUUUGACGUUAUUAGCCGUAUGCCAUACAGUUGUUCCGGAAAGAGAACCAGGAAAUCCUGAUAAGAUUGUUUAUCAAGCCGCCUCUCCAGGUACAGCGAAUUCUGCUUUACACUGAGUCACCUCAAAUGAAGCGUGUAAUCAUUUUAUUCAACAUGGAUUUGAAUAACACUUUCUGACAGAGUUUUGAGUCAAAUUAAUGACAUUUUGUCAGGCCAGUUUCUAGUGCAUGCAUUGAUUCGUUAUGCGACAUUUUGUUGUUUGUCGAACUUCUGUUAUUGUCCAUGGAUCAUCUGCAGGCUAUCAGUAGAUUUUUGGCGACGGUCGGUAGAGUAUAGCCGAUGAUGAGGAUCAGAUAGAAACACUGAUUAAGAAAGGAUAGUCAGUUGAUUAGAGACUUUUACAUUAAACGUAACAGAGUUAACCAGAAUUUAUUUUUGUUUGGUCUCGAUUUAAAAUUGAGUUCUUUAUAUUUUCAGAUGAAGGUGCUCUGGUGAAGGGAGCUAAGAAACUAGGCUUCUCGUUCAACGUCAGGACUCCUACAUCAGUGAUUAUCAACGCGGUACGUAAGGCACUAUAGCUGACUACCAAUGUAUUCUCUGAGGCACUAUAGCUGACUACCAAUGUAUUCUCUGAGGCACUAUAGCUGACUACUAAUGUAUUCUCUGAGGAGAGCGUUCUUGAAAAAUUCCUGAACGGUUCACGGCAUGGCUCUAGAAACCCAUCCCUUAUUUUAGAUCACAAUGAAUGGUUUCAGACCUGACGAAUGUGAAAAACAUUGCGUCGCCAAAGGGCAUUUUAAGUCUAGCUGCAUUGGAAAGAGUAUUCAAAACCUGACCCAAUGUCCUUCCCAAAGGGUCAAAAGCCACACCCUUUAGCGGCAUAUAUACCUACUAGGCUAAUUAUGGCCUCAGCAUUGGAGUACCACCCUUCUUGGAAUGAGGUACAACCCAUUGUCAUGAAGCCUUUAUAUUAUCAGAUGUAGUUUCUUCACACUGCUUCGAUCCUAAGCGUUACAAUUUCGAUUAUAGCUGCAAUCUUUAACAUUAGAGCACCCGCCCUUUCCCCCAUUCCUGGGAUGAGUUAAAACCAUUGUCAGUUUCUUCAUACUGCUUCAAUUCUGGGCGUUACAAUUGCGAUUAUAGCUGUAACUUGUGUUUUCUUCUUGACACAGAUGGGCCAGGAAGAGGUGUAUGAAGUCCUAAAUGUGUUAGAAUUUAACAGGUAAAUGUGAAUCUUUUAAAAACUUUGCAAGUGUCUGACAGUGUUAGAAUGAGUUCAUGGAUCGUAGAUCAAUUCUUGUCGCACGAUUGGCGAUUUAGGCGACGGAAAUGGAAUGGAGAACAGCAGUUUAAGAAAAUUAUUGAAUACGAUGUUCACAAUUAUUGUACUGAGGCCAUUUGAGGUAUUUAUCAAGUUGGCGGGGAUGGAGGUAGAAAUAUGAAACUCCAACUAACAUCAAGAGAAGAUAGAGUGUCCUCUCUCGCUAACAUGUAAUAUCCGUUGUCUCAAUUAUACACCCUAAUUUUCCUUUGAACCGGGGAACAAAAGCUUGCAAUCUUCAAAUUACUUCUUCGUAUAAUACCUUUCUUUGCUCGGGCUCCAAGCUUAAUUUUUAAGAUGUCGCCUUUUGGCGACCUUCACUUGUGAAAAUGUUCUUCAUUUCGACUUUUGUCGAAAUGUUAGUCGCCAAAUAGAUUUUUUAUACUCGCCAUGGUGACCAAAAUGGUCGCAGCUUGUAAUCAACUGUUGUAAAUUUGCCAAUAGAGAUGCUGAUAAAAUAAAUGAAAAUUAGAUAACAUCAUUUUUUGCCUUAGUCAACGUUGUAUUUUAUUUCAUCUUUAGCACUCGUAAGAGGAUGUCUGUAAUUGUUCGAACUCCAGAAGGAAAAAUCAAGUUGUACUGCAAGGGAGCUGUAAGUUUUAUUUCAAUAUUCUUCCAGCUUUGAUUUUCUGUUAGGUUCAGUUCAUAUCUAUAUUUCAUAAUGAUGUUCAUUUGAUUUAAGUUGAAUAUCUACUAGUUAAUUACGAAACAUUUAUGUGUCAUUUUGUUUAAAAGGAUACAGUAAUCUUCGAGAGAUUGCAAGACAAACAGAUGUACAUGGAUAGCACUGUAGAGCACUUGGAGGACUUUGCUAAAGAAGGUAAGUUGAUCAAAAACUGCAGCAUUCAGUGGGUUAAAUCUUCGUUGUGUGCCCGGACAUUUCCGAUUUUUUCCGACCAAUCAUUCGGUAAACGCUGUUAGUCAGAUUUUCAUUAUUACAGAUGAAAUAUUAGCCACUUAAGCUCAAGAAAAGCUGAACUAUUUAUUGCACUCUUGCCUGAUUUAAUUCCUGUAUUGCGGUGGUUUUUUUUCUUGAGCAAGAGACGGCUUAAAACUGUUCUUUCCUAUUAGGCUUGUGUUUCGCAUUUUCCUAGCUAUUACGGCUAGAUUUAAAUACUUGAAUGUCACUGCCGAAAAAAACAGUCUCUUAACCUGAAAAAAUUGUCUGAAAUCAGAAGUAUACAAUCUUCUCCCCCGCCAGGCUAUAUGCUUCUGUGCCGCAUCUGCCGAAAGAAAGUUAACUUAAAAAUACCCUUUCAAGCUGGAAGUUUGUGGAUUUGCGUAUCUCUUUUUUGGCAAAUCUUGAAAAAGGAAGGGCAAUGGUAUCAGUAAAAAUAGAGUCUCUGGUAUAACUAACCUUGUUUCUAUUGGGUUUUAUCUCACCUCUGCGACGUUCGCCAGGCUUUCCAACCGAAUUAGUUUUAAAGUUUACUUCUAUUAAGGUAAAAUUUUAUAUGAUGCUAAGUGUAACAUGAAAUACAGUGAAUUGUAGUUCCUGUGAGACAUCUCGAUGCAGGACAUCCUUUUACGCCUCUUGCUCCAAAUAUGGUAUAAGCCUAUUGCCUCAACGCGCUUGCGCUAUGGAGACUUGUGAAAUUGAUAUCCUAGUAACGACUAGUUGUGUGUAAUUUUCCAUCCCAGGUCUACGCACUCUUUGCAUAGCAAUGGCUGAGCUGGAGCCUGAGGAGUUCCAGCGGUGGAGUGAUAUCUAUUACAAAGCUUCCACAAGCUUGGAAAACAGAGAAAAGAACGUGGAUGACGCUGCUGAACUUAUCGAGAAGGUUGACCAAACAUUUUUUGCUUCGAUUCCACGCAUAUGACAAAGUGAACUGGGCGUCUCUCUUGUAAGAAUUCUAAACUAGUUACCUUGUGCUGCUUUGAUCUGUCUCAUGUUUCUGAUUGGUUGAUACACUCUAACCCUAAGCAAAAUCAGGGACCAAUCAGGGACCAAUCAGGGACCGAUCUCUGUACAGCUUACGUCAUUGCAGUAGAAGGCUUUUAGGUCAAAUUUGCUCGUGAUAAAUUUUCCUUACGACCAAGUAUCUUAUUAAUGUAUUUUUGUUUUUAAACAGAAUUUGUUCCUGUUAGGCGCCACGGCCAUUGAAGAUAAGCUUCAAGAGGUAAGUUUUAAUACAGUGCCUUGUCGCAAGAUAUGACUGGCUAUUUUAUGAUCUUACUGCGUCCUAGGAAGGAAUUAUCGGUUGCUGUACUUCUAGUAAUGGGUCUUUUUAAAUCAAAAUUCAAGGUUAAUGUUGUCUGUCAAGGUUCGAAAGUACAGAACACUCAAAACUAACGUCCUCUAAAAGUUGCAACCUAGAUAAUUCCUAUUGUCGUCUUGUUGAUAAAACAAACUUAUCUUCUUUUAGAAUUACUCUGCAACAAAGUACUAGUUUACUUAAAACGGUUCUUAUUCUUGAUAAAUCUGUUUAUGCUUUAACUUUUUGCGGUAAUUUUUUUUAUACGAUGAAGUUGUCGUUAAAUGAAAGCAACAACACCACGCUUUCAAAUCCAAGUGACCAAGGUCUCCACUUUCAGAAAUUUAUGGAUUGAGAACACAGAAACGGACGAGAAAAUUACCUUUAAGAAAAGGGUGUAUUCGUUUUAAUCUUGUUUUGUUCAUUUGUUUUAAGGGUGUCCCAGAAAGCAUUGCUGCCCUAGCAGAUGCCGACAUUAAGAUUUGGGUUCUCACUGGUGACAAGCAAGAAACUGCCAUCAACAUUGGUAAUGUUCAUCAUCAUACUCCGUAGUUUUCCUUGGAAUUUAAGCUAGAUAAGGUGACAAAAAAGAGUAGUCAUGAGUUCUCUCCAAAUCCUCGGCUAUCGUCAUUAGACUCUUAAAGGGGUCACGGGUUUAAGAACUGAUUUCAUCAGUUUUCACUCGAGUAGUAUUACAUCUUUCAAGGUUAGAUCUAGCGAGAACACAAGGGCAGAGACCUAAGGCAGUAAAGAAAGUGGUAAGGACUCAAGUUUUUUUUCCAAGCUUUGGGGCCAUGAUAAACGCCUAUGGCCACAAAAUCUUAAAAAAAAAUACACGGGUACCCACCCUGAAUAACAUGGUACGUUUAGUUUACAUUAACAAAAAUUGGGCAUCCCUACUUAUUUCUUGACGUGUCUGCGCCCGCUAAGAGAGCCGUGUAAAAACGCCUUUUAAGGUAAAGCAACAGUAUACUUGCAGAAAUAGUAUUUGCUUGUUAUCCUUCUAUUUACAGUUUUUUUUCCUUUUUUCAGGUUACGCUUGCCGUUUGCUGACUCCGGAGAUGAAGCUGUUAAUCUGUGGCGAGGAGACACUGGAUGUGAGUAGUUUUUGAUGUGCAGAGGAAUUAUGUCAUCUUUUUAUCAUCAUUCUAAAGUGUGGAGAGAGAACGCCAUUUGCUACAGUAUGAACUAAAUACGAAGAGGGUGGGUACCACCAGCCCACCCCUGGUGGUGGGGAAGGAGGUGUUACCAACCCAAGGGGAGGGUGGGUGUUAACAAUGUAAGGAGGAUUUAACAAUACAUUAAAUGUUCGAUUUUUUGCAAUUUUUAUAGGGCACGCGUGAGUGGUUGAAUGAACAUGUCAGAUUGGUGGGUCGGAGUGGCUCAUCGAGUAAGAGACCGUCUGCCACAAGGGUGCGUUAUGAUAUGACACAUUCUUUGAGCUUAAAGUUGUUUUUUAAAAGGUUUGAAAUUGGCUAUUGACGAGUCGCUCUGUUUUUUUUCUCUUAGGAUGAUCUUGGACUAAUCAUAACUGGCAAGGUAAAAUGUGCUCAUAUGAUUCUUUCCACUCCUUAUCUACCAGCGGGAGGCGAGGGGGCCUGAUGAUUAGCGUGCUGGACUGCGGGUCGAGAGGUCUGGGUUCAAGACCUGGCCGGUCUGGUCAUUUUUGGGCAAAAUACUUUACUUUCACAGUGUUUCUCUCCAACCAGAGCGCAGUUGUUGAAAGGAUUGAUAUCUCUAUCCAAUGGUGAAUCACUAUACAGCCGAUAAGUGUUCACAAAACGUACUGCGCUAUCCAGCGGAUAGGGUUAUCCACACAUCGAACAACCGGGGCCAGGAGUAUAAAUGUGUUCCAGCGAAAUGUCAAGGAAGCCUGAUGAAAUGCUGGGGGGGGGGGGACCUUGCGAGGGACUGGCAUCCCAUCCAGUGGGGAAUAGUAAUACUCCUUGCCGCUCCAUGUUACCGAGAUAAGCUCCUGCUGGAUGGGACACUGGACUCGAGUACAGACUUCUCUUUAAAAAUUCUUUUAACUUAUUCUCAAGGACAUUUUUGGCAGCUGUGAAACGUUUGGAUUUUCGACUCGACGUUGUAACGUUUUACAUAAAAUUUGAUAUUCUGUGCUUUUAGACUCUGUUGCAUGGAUUGUCAGAUGAACUCAAGUUGAGUUUCUUGGAGCUGGCUCUCGGUUGUAAAGCUAUCAUCUGCUGCAGGUUAGAGGAAUAUUUUAUGUUCCCUCCUUGUUCUUGUAACACUUAACCGAUAUCUAAGUUAUUAGUUUCGAGGUAGUUCUUCAUUGGAGUGUUUAAAGGGCGAAACUAAAGCAAUAUGAACGUCAAAUCAGAACAGACACAACGAACCAAUGAAAACACUGAAAAGACAUGUAACGAGGGCCAAAUUCGGGAAAGCGCGGGAAACCGCGUGCGACCAGCUUGCGGUUUGGUUUUGAUUUACAUCUGAUUGGAUGAGUAUUUCGCGCGACUUUAUUAACUAAUCAAAAACCGUCUUGACUAGGAUGUAUUUUUUUUACAUACAGAGUGUCUCCUCUUCAGAAAGCUCAAGUUGUGCGACUCGUCAAGCAGCACGUAAAGGACGCCAUUACUCUUGCUAUUGGCGAUGGAGCAAAUGAUGUUGGCAUGAUUCAGGUAAAAAGUUUUAACUUCUCCGAUUUUUUUCCGUAUCAAUGCUUGAAUAUGGUAAAGUGCAUUUCGACUGAGUAUCGUUUAACCAAAACCAAAGUAAUCACGACGACCAAUGAAUGCAAAGGAACAUAUCAAAAGGAGCCAAUCAGAAAUCGAGGUGAAAACAGGCGGGAAAACCCAGGUGACCAAGAUGCGAUUUGUGUUAGUUUUGCAUCUGAUUGGUUGAGAGGGUGCCGUGAUGAAAUCUCGAAUUACUUUCGUCUCUCAAUUGGAAAUUGCUCCAUCAAACAGAUUCAAGACCUACUCUUAGCUGAAAGGAAACGAUAUUUGGAGUUCUGCGAGAGGAAUUCUUAUUGAAGUCGUUUCACAUCAAAUCAUGCAAGCUCAAACUCCUUCAAUCUUCCCCAGAUUGGUCGUCACGCAACGCGACAAAAUGUAACGCGAUCCCUCCCCCUAAAUGCUGAUGCAAAUCGUUUUUGCUUGUUAAUGCAUGCGCAGUCUUCUAUUUUGUAUGUGAGUCCACAUUCCUGCGGUCAACUUUGCGCGAUAGUAAGCGUUAUGUGAAGAUAUUCUGCGCUAUGUAAAAUUGUCUUAUCAAAAGUAUAUAUGAUUCUGUUCCGUAGGCGGCACAUGUUGGUGUAGGUAUCAGUGGAGUUGAAGGUCUGCAGGCUGCCAGCGCUUCAGACUACGCCAUUGCACAGGUUAGGCAACAUUAAGUUAGUGUAGUUAACACUGGUAGUGAUAACAUAUCGAAUGUUGAUUAGCUCUCGUAAUUUUUUCAGUUCCGUUACCUGAACAAGUUGUUGUUUGUCCAUGGAGCAUGGAGUUACCAACGACUAGCCAAACUCAUCCUGUACUCUUUCUACAAGAAUGUCUGUCUGUAUGUGAUUGAGGUAAGUCCAGUGAAGUGUAGGUAGAAGCGCUUUUACCGAGGCUCAAUUCCUUUUUCCCUUGUAAUGUCAUUCUUUAAUACAGACGCUUUCUUCUCUCCGUUCUGUGUCCGCAUGAGAGGUUCUUGUAUACUAGAGCAAACAUAAACUUUCCCCACCUAGCCUUUGUACGAGCAUGACCGCCCGUGUUAACUUGAGCGCGGUGUCGUCAUACGUACGUCAUCGCACGUGAAGUUUCUCACACAUGCAUGCUUGAAGUUGCGUUGACAGAUUUGGUGAAUUCUUAAAGCCUGUUGUAUGGAAGGUUUCAGCCGAUAUUACCUAAUAUCUGAGGCAUUUUUUCGUAAUAUGCCAUAUCUUUUUGUUACAGCUAUGGUUUGCACUUGACAAUGGAUUUUCUGGCCAAAUCCUGUUUGACAAGUGGUGUAUUGGUAUUUACAAUGUGGUAAGUUUUUAUUUGCUGGAAUCCAGACGUGGUUUUCCUGCAGCGAACACUUUAAUUUGGAUUAAACGUAUUGACAACGUCGUUUGCUCCGCCACCAAAUAUCAGCCAAUCAAAACUCAACAUCAAUACGAGCACCCGACCUCAAGUGCGGGAAAAUGCGCCAAUUCAAAUGACGAUUGGAUUUAGUUGAUUGCUUGAUUGAAAAGGUGGCGUUAGUAUUCUUCACCGAGAACAGAGCGAUGCUAAGAAAAAAACGAUGUAGUUCUAAGUUUGUUUGGACUGUAAAUUGAAUUUUUCCUGUAUGUUUAUAACCAUUUUCCUUUUAAUUGUCUGUUCAAUUCAGGUAUUCACUUCAGUUCCCCCUUUAGCCAUUGGCUUGUUUGAUCGGACAGUGACGUCAGAGAGCAUGCUCAAAUACCCCAAACUGUACAAAGAGUCACAGAAUGCCGAGAUUUACAAUACUAAGGUAACAGACUGCUCAGCGUGUGUUCCAUUAGGGAUUAUUGUUUUCAGCCAGCGGUUUUUAUUGAAGGUGUUGCUUAGUAGCAACAGAAAGUACGUGUCAACGUUAAGUGCAUGGGUAGAUGCUCAUAAAGUCAUUGCAUGAGAGAAUCCAAGAGUCUUUGGGUUUUGUGUAGGAGAGAGGUUUUCUUUUUCGAGGAAGUGACAGCGAAAGAAAGUGAAUUUAAGUCUGCUUUUGCUUGAAAUUUGGCUAAAGUUUUAGCGGUCAAGAAUUGCGGUUUCUGUUCAUGAUUUUUUUUUCUUGCUGCAAAACGAUCCAAUUGUUGUGUUUUUGUAGGUAUUCUGGAUGUGGAUCGCUGCAUCUGUGUACCAUUCCUUGCUGCUGUUUUAUCUUCCCUGUUUCAUGCUUAGACACGGUGAGUUUUGACUGAUGCUACCUCGCUUCUUAGAAGUAAAAAAAAAAAAAACAAUUUGCUUCCAUAGAAAAUGAUGUCUGUCUGCUACUUUCAAAACAAUCUCAUGUUGCAUUGUUGGACUUUCAGAGGCCCCUUUCAGUGAUGGAGUUAUUGUAGGCGAAUGGUUCCUAGGAAAUGUCGUAUACACGGUGAGUUUAAUUUGGUUUGUUACUCGUCUUAUGAGCAAAGAGAGCUUCAUGGUAAGGUACCGCAGUGUUUCGAUUCUCAAACCUGAUAUGAUAUUCACUAAUGAUCUAUACAACGAAAUAAAUAAACGCGAUAAUCUUCUAAAGAGGGCCAGGAGAACACAAAAUAAGCAAGAUUGGUCUGCUUUUAAACUGGUUAAAAACAAAGUGACGAGGAAACUAAGUAAUGCGAAGGAACAGUACUUUAAAACUCAGUUCAGUAAAAAUCAAAAAUGUCCAAAGAAACUUUGGUCUUUAAUUAAAGACCUAUCUAAAGAUACAAAGAAUAACGACGACUCCGUCCCUAUUGCUGACGAAAACAACAACUUGAUAAAGGAUGACCAUUCAAUCGCUGAACGCUUUAACCGCUUCUUCGUUGAUGUAUAUAAACGUCUCAUAAAGUCGACACCUGUACUUCAUUAUGAUGCUCUUCCUGGUCCACCAGACAAAUCUAACAGUCAAAUUGAAAAUCUUAUUCCGCAAAUAACUCCUAGUGAGGUUAACGAUUAUCUUCUAAGUAUACCUACACACAAAGCCACGGGAAUCGAUGGGCUUGGUGCCAGAGUUCUAAGGAUUGCAGCUCCUGAAAUAUCAUGCUCCAUAGCUAAAAUUAUAAAUCACUGUAUUGAAACUUGCACAUUUCCCUCACAAUGGAAAAUAGCAAAGGUUAAACCUCUUUUCAAGAAUCAAGGAAACAAGCAAGAUAUUCAAAACUAUCGUCCUAUUAGCAUUUUGCCUAUUCUUUCUAAAGUCUUUGAAAGACACAUCUUCAAUGCUGUGAACACCUACUUAACAGAAAAUUCACUUUUAUACCGCUUCCAAUCAGGGUUCCGUAAAACCACUCCACGGAUACUGCUUUGUUGUUUCUUCUGGACCAAGUCCUUCUUGACCUUGAUAAGAACAACGUCAGCGGCUUAGUUUUUGUGGACUAUAGCAAGGCAUUCGACUUGAUCAAUCAUGACAUUCUCCUGAUAAAGUUAAGAUCAUAUAGAUUUCCAGAUAAUGUUGUAAAGCUAUUGCAGAGCUAUCUACUCAAUCGCAAACAGUGUGUUACUGUAAAUAACUCGACUUCGUCACAACUUACGCUAACCAAUGGAGUUCCUCAAGGUAGCAUAUUAGGACCUCUACUGUUUUUAAUUUUCGUCAAUGAUCUUCCUGAAGCUGUUGGAUCGGACUCAACUAUUCAUGCUUACGCGGAUGACACCACAUUUAAAGCCAGCGCUAAUAUCGAUAAUGCACCUUUGGAAUUGGAACGACGUCUUCAAGAAUACAUGGAUAAAUUAAGUAAAUGGUCUAGCGAAAAUGGGAUGGUCCUAAACGCCGUUAAAACCAAUGCAUUACUUAUCACCGGAAAGAGGCUACAUUCAUCAUUAGCGGAAGGCAAUCACCUGUCAAUAACCCUUGAUGGGGCCGAAAUAGAACAAGUAACUUCUUAUAAAUUGCUUGGUGUAACACUCGAUCAAGAUCUUACAUUUAGCGACCACAUUUCUAGUCUAAAGGCCAAGCUUUCUCAGCGUAUUGGUUUAUUGAAGAAGAUAAAGAGGUACCUUCCAAUAAAAGAAAGACUCUUAUACUAUAACGCCUUGAUUAAACCCGUCCUUAUGUAUGGGAGCAUGGUUUGGAAUAUCUGCGACGCUAAAGAACUCCACUGUCUCCUAAGGUUACAGAAAAGGGCUGCCCGAGUAAUCCUUGGAGUUGACUCUUAUUCUAGAAGUGUUAUAAACUUUAGUAAACUAGGCUGGUUGCCUUUUUUUGAUGAAAUCAAACUAAAUAAGUGUACAAUGAUUUUUAAGAGCCUUAAAGGCGAUGUUCCGAUUUACAUCAGAGACUUGCUCAAGACGAACAGUUCUGUACACAAUAGGUCUACUAGACAUGGCAAUUUAAAUUUAGUGUGUCCCAAAUACCUAAGAAAUAACGAUGGUGGCAAGGCAUUCAGUGUUGACGCAGUUAAGUUAUGGAACAGCCUUCCCCAUAAUAUCAAAAAUAAGCCUAGUAUAAAACUAUUCAAAACAGCUGUGAAAAAGUAUUUUAUAAGCUCAUAUAGAAACCUGGACAACUUUGAAACAAUAUUAAGCAAUAGCACAUUAUCUAAUUUUAAUUUUUUAUAAAUUAAUUUUAUCUUUCUGAAUAUUUUUAAUAUAUCCUGCUAUUUCUAUCAUAGAAUUUUGUAAUUGUUUGUAUAUUUAUCUAUUUAUUAGUAUUAUUUUGUAAUGCUGUAUAAUCUAGUUAGAGGGCCACAGGUUUGUCAGCUUUUCAGCUGUUACGUGUCCCCCUCUAUAAAUAAAGUCCUUAUUAUUAUUAUUAUUAUAUAAACUGUGGCUAAAUUUAAUGAUCUUGAGGUAAAUAUUUUCCUGUGUGGCCCUCCCACUCGGUCAAUACGGAGAUAUUGUUGACCUACUGGGCCUUACAGAAAGACACUCAAGUCAUUCCUUUUCCCUCCUUAACAGCUAGUCGUCAUUACGGUUUGUAUAAAAGCUGGAAUGGAACUGGACACUUGGAACUGGGUUAGUGGAACAGUUUCUGGUUGUGUUUGUUUUAUUUUGCUCUGAUAUGAAUUUAUUGGCGUUUCUUACAAAUGUUCUCUUAAACUGCAGUUGUGUCAUGUGGCCAUUUGGGGCAGUAUCGCCAGCUGGUUCAUAUUCCUGUUAAUAUACUGUAUUCCUGAUAUCGCUCUGUAUAUUGCUCCUCACAUGAUUGGACAGGUAUGGAAUUGUUUUUUGUCUUUCAGCAACCAAUGUAACGAUCUAAUGUGUGGAAAAAAGGGCUAUGUUUCUAAAGUGCUGUGUCUGUGUCUAAGAUAAUUUGGUAUAACUGGGGGUGGGGGUGGGGGUGGGGGGUAUUACAAGCUAAUUUGGUUUAACUGAGUUGAUAUGUCAAUAACCAACCUAGAGAGUUUUUAAAGCCAGCUUUUCUAUUGAAUAAGGUCAAACGCUCGAUGGGCCAAUUUAAGAAACUAUUUACGGUGGCCAUUAUACAUUAUUCAAUGUUGGAAAAACUUUCAAGCAAUAUUCAUUUUGGUCUCUGUAUGAAAUUCUCUUGUACAAGGAUUUAGAUGAAAACUGCAGACGAGACUUAAAGUAUGGAAACUAAUUGUCUUGUCUGUCCACUUCUUACUUGUUCCAGGAUCGUAUGCUGUACUCUUGUAUUGUGUUUUGGAUUUCUCUUUUCGUCAUACCGAUGAUAACACUGCUGCUGGAUUUCUUAUACAAGAUGUAAGCAAUUUCUCUGUUCUCCUUUUUUUUUUUCAACAACCAUGACGAAAACUGUUCUUGUAUCCGCCAACUUUGCGUUACCUUUUUUUUUUUUUUGUUGUUGUCUUAGAUUUCGAAGGACAUUUUACAAAACUCUGAAAGAAGAAAUUCAGGAAGUUGAAGCUAAGCAUGUAAGUGCAGAAUCUUUUACUUAUUUAUUCUUCUGUGAAUUACACAGAAACUUGAAUUGGCUUUAGAGGUGUCAGAGAUGCAAAGUAGAAAAUGAGAACGUACUUCGCACGCGCUAACUUGGGCUCUCCUCUCGCGUGGUCAUUUUGUGGGUGCGUCGCGCGCGUUCAGCUAUUUUCCGUACAGGCCAGCACUACAGAGCUUACUUACUUACGAUCUCCAGAAGUGGUUAGCUCACGAUAUAACCACCACUUGAUUCGUGUGUUGAAUAAUGUCUUAUUCUCUGGGAGAUCCUUUGAUAGAUAUUGAAACACUACUGAUAACAAUUGAACAAGCACGUUUCUUGUUUUGAGCUUUCGUUUCUUUCCCGUUUUUUUGCAGGGAGAUCCAAGUCGUUUAAUUAUGUCAGAUCAUGCUAUACACACGUAAGUAACUUUGUCCUUUAAACGUUUGACCGGUAAAUGAGGAAUUCAUAUUUUGCCGUAUGACUUCUCAGAAACCGUAAAGUGUUCUGUGGUCUGCCUCUUGUUAAAACUGUCUUGAUAUUUCAGUUAUGAAAUUGCUAUUUUUUAGACAAAUUUGGUCACGAAAUGAAGCGUUUGAGGACAGGAAAGACCGUGGUGCUUCUGCGCGUAAGGAAGUUUAUUAUCUAUCUCUACUUUUAUUUUAGUGCUGGUUUUAAUUCCGAAAAGUUUGUAAGUCGACAACGGAUCGUACUCUCUGAUCUGUUGGCCUCGUGUUGUGUUCUUUAAGUCAUUUUGAAGAGUGGUCAGUUUCAAACUUCACGCGAUCUGAUUUUGUUUUUCGUUGUUCUUGUCGUAGUUGGAUUUGCCUUUUCUCAAGAAGAGGAUGCUCGAGUGGGACAGGUAAUUACAUAUUUUUCUCUUUAAGGGUUACGAAUUACGGAUCGCGUAUUUCGGAUCACGGAUUACGGAUCACAGUUCAUGGAUUAAUGAGUACGGAUUACGAAUUGCACUAUGCACUAGACACGUUUCUAUCCAGCGGAGAUCGCAGUGCGUUUCGGUAACACUUUUCCACUGGUUAGCGAUUUAACCGUUAGACAGCAUUAUCCGUCCUUUAAACAACUGGGUCUGGUCUAUUGAGCACAGUUUCGAAGUUAAUUCAAUGUUUCCUUUAUCUAUUUAUUUCAGGCAGAGCUUAUUCGUCGUUAUGACACCACUCUGAAGAAACCUCGAGGCGACUAAAGCACUCAUCCUAAUCAACCUCACGUUUGAGAAGUAGAAAAUAUUAGUGUUAUUAUUUUUUUCAUAAAAAAUUUAUAUAUUAUUUAGAGGGUAUUUCGUACCCAUUAUGUUCAAGCAAUAUCAAUGUUUUCGAAUGAUGGAAAUUAUCAUAAUUCUGAAUGUAAAUUUAGGAAAUAAGGAAUAUUGUUGUAUCAUAUUUUUUUUUUCGUCGAGCAAGGAAAGAAGUUUGUUUUUCGGCCGAAUCUCGUCUUUAAUGCGGUAUAAGAUGUUCAUAGACCAUCCUUAGUUAAAGUAUGUUGCUAGGUAACGUGACCUUACUAAUUGACGUAAUGCCGACACAAGGCUCGUCCUCAAUCUGAUUGGACGUUAAGAGUCGGACGGCGUUCGUGUCUUUUGACGGAGAUUUCCGAUACUAGUGGGAGUCAUAGAAAGCAAGAGAUUUUGUGGAAGAAAAAGCACCAUUGUAGCCAUAUGAAUUUAAGUUACGCACUCCUACGCGCUGUUUAAUACAGUCUUUUUUUCUUUUUUUUAAUACAGCGUUUAUUUUUCUGUAUGAUAAUAUUUUUGGAGAAUAGUUAAAACUUGCUCAAACGAAAAUUAGAGUUGCGGGAACAUUAAGACAAGAGUUAGAUUCUGUGUGUAUUCAAUCUAGUCGUGACUUUAUUGAUCGGAGUUCUUUGACUCCCGAAAGGGGUCUGGGGCGACAAAAUUUGACGAAAACCGGGAGAGAAAUACGCAUCGAGUUCCACGGCACAAAUUCAUUUAACUGGUGCACUUCCCUUUAAUAACAUCACUAUCAAACAAAAAAUAGCGAAACUAGAUUUUUUUGGUUUUGUGUGGGUUCUUUUUCUCACGCCCUGAACUGAGUUAGACAGAUUUUAGCAAAAGAUAGUUGCGACGCAUUUGUUGACAACUAAAAUCAGCUCCAGUUCUCGUUUGAUCCAAGUUUGUGGAAUUUUUUUUUGCAUUUUAUACGUACAGCUGCUAAUUUUGUCAAAUUAAUUGAGAGCGUAUAGUUUGGUUAUGUUGCCUGCAUAGGACUCCAAUAAGUUAUAGAGAUUUAUGUCAUAGUCAUAUACCUGUUUUAUGCAAUAACGCCAGUUGGAGGUUACGCCUCAUUGAAAGUUUGACUCUAACGAGUUCGCGCCCCACUCCACCACACUGAGUUAACCACCUAAUGGAAAAGAACUGCUUGGCCCCAGACCAUCACGCCAACCAAAUAAACUUAACAUUCAGGCAGGUGUUUAUGCAUUUGAGUUCAAAAACCUUGGAUUCCUUUUUAAGUCGAUUGUGGAGCACAGAGAUUAUAGAUUUUUAGGCAAGUCACCCAACUGCAUGUAGUUGCAAAGCAAGAAGUUUGGAUGAUGAUCGUGCGGUUCUAUGGUUUAAUCUGACAGGAAAAAUUUUUUGUCGCAAAGAGAAUUCAAUGAGUGAAAAGACUUAGAGGUGAACUUGUUGUCUUUGAAAGGGCGAACUCGUCGUAAUGGAAGCGAACUUACAGUGGGGCGAAACCUUCCCUUCGCUCAUCAUUUGGUAUAAAGCAUAAAAAUGAUAUGCGAAAAGUUUUGUUACAUGAGGCAUGGCUGUAAACUGGCUUCCUUUCCUGUCUUUAAACACUUUUAGAACUGUUUCCGUUUUUUCACAUACAAAUGGUCGAUCAAAAUCGAAAUGUUUUCUCAGUACCGAGAAGGAAAUUAGCCCUUAAAAUGUUAUUUAAAAUAAAUCGAAAAAAUUAUUUAAUUCUUUAUAAUUCUUUACAAUCAAAAAAGUUAAAGAUUUCAAACUUUGCCUUCUUUGAUUGGAGACUGCACAAUUAGCAUUAUGUUUACAAAACGUUCAUUUUAAUGGAAAAUCUUCACGUGGACUUUAUACCAAUCACCACUUUGUCAUCUCUUUGUUCUGUGAAUUAGCUGGAUCUUACUGUUUCUAAGUUGUCUCUUUCUUUUGUUGUCACUCAGCAUUACAUAUUGUACGAUAAUAGGUAACGUAAACGAAGUAGUUGAUGACAUGGUCUGUUACCAUCUACGCUAGAAUGGACUGAUGAACUAUGUAAACAAUAAAGUGAAGCCUAAAC